AUGAAUCAUUUGGUAAUCCUUGUACUUUUUGGUGCGCUACUCUGUGCGCCCCACCAGUGCUUGGAGUGCCCAUCAGGCUGCCAAUGCUUUGCUGGCACGCGCACAGUGAAAUGCGUUUCCAAGGACCUUCGCUCCAUACCACAAGAUAUUCCAGGAUACACAAGGAAUGUGAUCAUCACAGGACACAAUAUAUUCAGAAUUGGAUCAGACACAUUUCAAGAACUGAAAAAUGUCACCACCAUCAUUUUGAGCAACAAUAGGAUCACAGAGGUUGCGUCCCACAGCUUCUCUACCCUUUCCUACCUGCGAUCCCUGGACAUGAGCUGCAACCAUCUGACUCUCAUCCACCCUGAAGCCCUCAACAUCCCAGGGAGUCCUCUAAAGGAGCUCAACCUUAGCCGCUCCCUCUAUAACUACACCUCACUGACAGAUCUCACCACCGCACUGCGCUGGGGAGGCCUAGGAGGGUUGCUCAGCCUAGACCUCUCCGGGAACCGCCUGGUCUUCCUACCCCCAGGGAUGUUCUCCCACCUCCCUAGCCUGCAGCACCUCUUCCUUGGUAACAACUCCCUAGCAUCGGUCUACAACGGCACCUUCUUUGGCCUGCGCCGCCUGGAGCUGCUUGACUUGACCCACAACUCUUUCAGGGCGUUCCAAGGUGAUGCUCUGGGGGAGCUGGAAAGGCUGGGGCAAGCCCCCCGCAUCCUGCUGAGCCACAACCCCUAUGUCUGCACAUGUGAGAUCCAAGACUUUGCUGUGUGGCUUAAGAAUUCCCAGGCUCAGGUGGGGGAUGCAGAAGCCCUGACCUGCGCCUCACCCUGGGAGUUUCAGAACAGGCCCCUGCGGGCACUCGGGGUCCAAGUUGUCGGAUGCCAUGCCACUUCACCACCUCUGGUCGGAAUCAGAGACGAGGUGGGUGACCUCUCCCUGCAGACCUCCUACGUCCUCCUGGGUCUGGUGCUGGGCUUUGUGGGCAUGGUCUUCCUCUUUGUGCUCUACCUCAACCGGCAAGGUAUUAAAAAGUGGGUGGUGGAGACGCGAGAUGCCUGCCAUGAAGUGUUGGAGGGGUAUCACCACCGCUAUGAGAUCGACACUGACCCACGGCGGGAAUACCUCUCAAAAGACGUCAGAGUCGAAGAGAAGCCACCGACAAACGGUAGUUUUGGACAGGCUCACUCAGAUAACCGCUUAUCACAGCUACCCACUGACACCUGUUUAGUUCAGAUCCCCUCAGACACACAGCUCAAACCAGGCUCCAUCUCGGUGGAUUUGUGAUUCCUCAUUCCCUGGAAUGGAACUGGACUGGAGUGGACUUGCAUUCAGGUUUGGGUAGGUUACUUUCUCAAUGUAAUCUGUUACAGUUACUAGUUACCUGUCCAAAAUGGUAAUCAGUAACGUAACUUUUGGAUUACCCAAACUCAGUAAUGUAAAUUGGUUUACUUUCCCCUUAUUAGAAGUAGAUCAAAAUUAUCCAUACACACACAUUUGGUGUGUCAUGAUAGUGGUCUCUGACUUGUGGUCAGACUUGCUCUGGUGGAACUAAUUUAAACCUGUUAUUUUAUCAAUGCCGAAUUAAAUGUCA